CACAUAUCGUUAUAAGAAUAUUAGAAAUACCUAAGUAAUACACAGAAUUUCCAUUUGUUUCUCACUUCGCAUAGUUCUAACUCCUAAUCAAAACAUUUGACACGUGAGUGAUUUUAAUUUAGAACUCGUGAUACAAGCGUACACAAUUGUUUAAAAAAACAUACUAAAACAAAAGUGAGUAAUGCGCGGAAGGUGGUAUUUCUUAUUACUUUCGCUGUUUUCAAAAGUUAUGUCCCGCGAAGUUUGGGUAAAUGUAAAACAAGGAAAAUUAGUUGGUGUUGAAGUAGGCACAAUUCUCGAAGGGAAACGUUUCCAUGCCUUCUACAAAGUUCCUUACGCUCAGCCUCCAAUUAAAAAAUUAAGAUUCAAAGACCCCGUGGCUCCGAAGAAAUGGUUAGGUUUUUGGGACGCAACCCUGGAGUUCCACGGUGCUUGCGCGCAGCCACAUAUCGUUCACAGGCAUGCCCAGUACGGGAACGAAGACUGUCUCUAUAUGAACAUAUUCACACCACAAAUACUAAGAGCCGAUACAGAUCCGCUGAAGCCGGUGAUCGUGUGGAUUCAUGGUUAUGCAUUUGGGUCGAGUUUCAGUCAUUUACACGGCCCUGACUUCCUUAUAAACAAUGAUGUUUUAUUUGUAACCGUCACACAUAGAAUAGGGCCUUUCGGAUUCCUUAAAAUCAACGAAACUGAUACACAUGCUAACAUGGGGCUUAAAGAUAUAGUGAUGGCUUUAAAGUGGAUAAAGAAAAAUAUAAGGAGCUUCGCUGGUGACAGCAAGAGAGUGACAGUCAUGGGCAGCGGAUCGGCAGCUACCUUCCUGUCUUGGUUAUUGAUGACAAAGGCACGUAAUCUCUUUUCAAAGAUGAUUCUACAGAGCGGGACAUUAUUCUCUGCUUCGCUUGUUUCACGUGAAACAGAAUUCGAACUUAAUAGACUAUCCAAGGAGCUACUUAAACAUGACGUUAAGAAGCUAUUAAGUGCCUCCACGCAGAAAAUUAUUUCAGCAUCACAGAAAAUUUACAGCGCUAUUGAUGUUAUUAAUUACCAGAGACCCGUGGUCCCAUUCACACCUACUAUAGAGAGGAAAUCAAACAAGUCUUUGAUAACGAUGCUUCCGGACAAUUUUUUUCGGAGUACACCAAAUCUCAAGCUCAGUAAACCCAUGAUCGUAGGGUACAAUAGCCAGGAGAGUAUUUCAGAAAUAAUACCGUUUAUACACAAUCCUGAGUAUUUGAAAAUGUUAUCCAGUAUCUUCAAAUUUAUGGUACCUUUUUCUGAUGGGUGCCGUCAUAAUUAUACAUCAGCAAUAUAUAAACUAGUAGCAAAUAAAAUAAAGAGCAAAUAUUUCAGGGAGGGCAUAUCAGAAAAGUCAGUUAAUGAUUUUUUGAGGUAUACUUCAGAUCUUUAUAAAUAUCCUAUAUUCAAGUUUAUAAAAGCCUCUUUGAAGUUUAACUCAAACAAGGUGUUCAUGUAUAAGUUUAACUUUGUUGGAAAAUUUAAUGCGGUUAAAAGUACUGCCCUAGCUGGAGCUAAUUUCCCGAUAAAAGGCGCAGCGAGCGGAGAUGAAAUAUGUUAUUUGCUCAAAUGUGAGCCUUUGUGGGAAAAUUACGUGAGUUUGAAAAAUAGCACUGGUGACAAUAAUAAAAUUAUGAUAACACAAAUGGCAGAAUGGUGGGCAAAUUUUGCAAAAUUUGGGGAGCCUACACCUGCAAUACUUGCGUCGAGGUACCAUUGGCCAGCAAUUACUUUAGAAGACGAUAGUUUAAUGCUAAUCGGUAAAGAAAGCAAAUUAGUGCAUCCUUGGUCUGACAAAAAAGCAUGCACAUUUUGGGAUGAAAUUUACGAAAAUCAUUACAGAAGUGAGGUUUGCGAUAGGACAAAACACGACGAGUUGUAAAUGGAAGCUGUUGUAUGUAAUAAUGUGACUGAGUUAGAUUUUGAUAUUG